AUGUCAGUAAGAAAGAAGAAAGGGCGCAUCGGUACUAGCGGGCGGAAGACACGCGAGGACAGAGGAGAUGUUAUCACUGUUAUCCAAAGGUCAGGAGAGGUCGCUGGGCUGAACUGUGCGGUGGAGUGCCUGAGUGCCACGCCGGUGGGUCACUCUGGAGGUGCUGGAGGUUCAGAUUCUGGAUCAAUCCUCAACCUCGUGGGACCUCUCCUUGGCUCCAGCAGUGGGGGAAGCAGUGGAGGCGAGGGGAUGGACAGUCAGCAGGAGGUUCUGACUCUUGGUUCCAUCCUGAACCUCGUGGGUCCUCUUCUGGGGUCCAGCAGCGGAGGCGGUGGAGUUUGUAAUGUGAGGUUUGCUAGGGCGGAGGUGAUGGCGAUGGCGGGAGUGCGGGAGGGUCCGACUCUGGAUCCAUACUCAACCUUGGCCUCUCAUCGGCAGCGUAGUGGUGGUAACGUACAGGGGGAUGGACAGGAGGGUGCCCCAGGGGGCUCCGACUCUGGAGCCAUCCUCAACCUGGUCGGUCCUCUUAUCGCCAGCAGCAGUCAACGGGGACAGGAGGAGGAGGCGGAGGGUGCCCCAGGAGGCUCUGACUCUGGUGCUAUCCUAGGCCUUCUGGGUCCUCUCAUCUCCAGCAGUAGUGGUGUGGGUAGCGGUGGAGAGGGAGGAGACGCUGGCUCAGGCUCUGGGUCUAUCCUGAACCUCAUCGGCCCACUUCUUGGCAGCAGCAGCGGCAGCAGUGGCGGAGUUGGCGGGGACGGCAGCAGUGGAGGCGGCAGUGACCUCAGCUCUAUCCUGGGCAUCAGCAACAGCAGUGGGGGCGGCUCGGGGGGUGGCACCGGCCACAGUGGGGGCAGUGACGCAGGCAUUGGUGGCGCAGUCAACGGAGUGAAAGUUGGUUUCUUGCAGGACAAAAUACAACUGUUGCUUAGGCUUAAGUUCGGGAUCUUCACGAAAAUACUGAAUUCACUCUCGGGAGCCCUGGCAGCAGCCAGUUCACCGCAGCAUGUUCCUAUCCACGAACUCAAAUACCCCGACCCUUAAACCAACCCUUCAACCUUCUUCACCCUCACAACCCCAACUGCCCUUCUCCUAAUUGCUCACCACUUGAAUGGAGUAUUUAUACAUUAACUUAUUUAAGAGAACUUUUGUAAAUUAUGAUUUCCUAGCCGUUCACCUCUCCCGACCCCAUUGGACGACACUCUAAACCCUCGUCAUUCAUUGUGUAUAUUAUCAUUGUGUCAAAGUCGCCAUAAUUGUAUUUUGGUUAGGAUUAAAUGUCUUUCUUAAAAA